CGAAAGGUCACACUUGGCAACUUAAGGUCGACGUGCGCCGCAGCCAAACGUGACCCCCAUGGCACCGAAGAAGUCAUCGCCGACAAAGAAGAAAGCGAAGGAGGUGAAGCAAAAACUUGGAGCAUCCGACACAGCCCAAGAUGCAGUUGGUGACGCUCCAGGCCCUGCAGCAGACAUUGACGACGCAGAUCUGUACCAUGAACCAAUAAAGAAGAUUGUGAUUCCCGACAACCAACUCCGCCUGAGUGAGCAAGAGCUCAAAGAAGAGUUUUCCAGAGUGCUGACAGCAAACGACCCGAACGUACCAAACAACAUCACCAAGUACAAUUAUAAGGAGCGCAUGUACAAGGUUGAUCCUCCAGGGCCAGGCGACAACUUGUACCUGCAUCUGUCGUCGGAAGGGAGCAUGAUCCACAAGGAAUCGGAAGACGCCAAAGUUCAGGCCGCGUACGACAUGAAAAAGGCCGAAGAAGAAAAGGAGGCGCGAGAUGCGGCCAUUAAGCAAGCCAAAGAAGAGGCAGAAGCGAAGGGCGAAAAGAUCGACGAGUCCAGCCUCCAGUUUGAAUCAGGCAAAAACCAGUUCAAUUACAGCGAGCGCGCAGCCCAGACGUACACGAACCCACUGCGCCAACGGUCCAUCGAAACCGAGCCCCCGCCAGUGGUCAACUACAUGGCCACGGUGACCCAGUGGGAUAUCUACGACACGUACAUGGAGUCGUACGAGCAACAUCAGCGCGAGCAAAUUCAGCUGCAAAAAGCGGCGCAAAAGAAAGAAAAGGAAGACAAGGACGUGGCGGACGUGGUCGUGGUGACUCCGUCGAAGAACAAGGACGACGACAUGGUGCACAGUGCAGCGAUGGGCAAGAUCCUCCGCGUGAUCGAGCGCAUGGUGAACCAGAACGCUGAGGACGAAAUCUUUCAGGACUUCAAGUACUGGGAAGACGCGUCCGACGCCUUUCGCGACGGCGAGGGGUCGCUCUUGCCGCUGUGGCGGUUUUCGUCCGAACGGGCCAAGAAGAAGCAAGUGACGGCGGUGUGUUGGAACCCGUGCUUUUCCGACUUGUUUGCGGUUGGGUACGGCUCGUACGACUUUUUGAAGCAAGGGUCGGGGCUCGUGUGCUGCUAUUCGCUCAAGAACACGUCUCACCCAGAGUUCAUCUUUGCGACCGAGAGCGGCGUCACGUGUCUGGACUUUCACCCGCAGCAACCGGCUUUGCUGGCAGUUGGGUGCUACGAUGGCACGGUGAUGGUGUACGACGUCCGCAACAAGAUCAACCGACCCAUCUACACGUCGACCAUCAAGACGGGCAAACAUACCGAUCCUGUGUGGCAAGUGAACUGGCAAGAGGAAGAUCUGGCGAAAGAGUUGAACUUUUUUUCGAUUUCGUCUGACGGGCGCGUAGCCAACUGGAUCAUGAGCAAGAACGAGCUCAAGAUGGAGCCUGUGAUGCAACUGAAGCUCGUCAACACUGCCAAGGACGACCCCGAAGAAACGUCCUUGUCUGGCCUCGCUGGCGGGUGCUGCUUUGACUUUAACCGGUUCAGUGAACACUUGUUCGUCGUGGGCACGGAAGAAGGCAAGAUCCACAAAUGCUCAAAGGCGUACUCGGGCCAGUACCUGGAAAACUACACGGGCCACCACAUGGCCGUCUAUGCCGUGCGAUGGAAUCCGUUCCACGAGCGGUGCUUUCUGAGCUGCAGCGCUGACUGGACCGUCAAGCUGUGGGACCACAGCAUCCCCGAGCCCAUCAUGUCGUUCGACCUGGGCAACUCGGUCGGUGACGUGGCAUGGGCGCCGUACUCGUCGACAGUGUUUGCCGCCGUCACGAGCGACGGAAAAGUCCACGUAUUCGAUCUCGCCGAAAACAAAAACGAGCCGCUGUGCGAGCAAAAGGUUGUGAAAAAAGCCAAGUUGACGCACAUUACGUUCAACACCAAGGACAGCAUCGUGCUGGUGGGCGACGACCGCGGUGGCGUCAACUCGCUCAAGCUGUCGCCCAACCUGCGCAAGGUGGAGCCCGUGGACGAAGCCGCCGACUCGACCAAAGGGAGCAAGGAACGACUCAAAGCCGAGUUCGACAAGGUCGACAAGCUGCUAAACACGAACGACAAUAAAGCAUAGUCAAACGAACAGGAAAUCAACACCCUCCAUCAUAUAUUAAUCCUUGCUUCAAACGGCCACGACUGUCCAUGCGUUGGUGGGACUAGUGAAAUCGUGGCUGAGCAGCCCAUUUCGAUCUCGAAUGGCUUGCAA